CGAAGAUACACAAUGCUUUAUGCGGUCGGAGGAAGAGCUUAGUUCAGUUAUUCGUAUAUAAAUUUGACUCGAAUCAUCCAUUUUCACUGACUAAAGUAACAUAACGCCAACUUAAACCUCAAAAAUGUCAUCACCAUGCUAUACCCGUCCAACCGCAGCAUCUGCUGCAAGAGAGAAAGGCAAGACCAGAGCUUCCCUUGACACCGCCACCUCACCAAACUCCGAAAACUACGCACUCGUCAACUUCAACUCCCCAUUCCAACCUCUUGACCCAUCAAAGCCCUGUCUGCUCUCCACCCUCCCACCCGAGCUCCGCCUCGAAAUCUUCCGGUACCUCAUGCCAGAGGUGCACGUGGACAUCUCCCUUCCCCCCUCCGGCAAGCCCCUCAGGAACCGCCUCCUCUGCCCGCGACUCUUGCACAUCUGCCGCAUGCUCCGCCACGAGGUAUCCUACCUCUUCUACGGUGAUACCUACUUCACCGGCUACGUGAGCUGCCUGACCUUCCGCGGGGUACACGAGUUUGAAAGUGACCUAUUCGCGCUGCACAAGGCAAACCUGACGCGGAAUCGGCACCUGAGGAUCGACAUAAGGCUGCCGGUAAAGGAUCCGAUCCCCGAGGCGGGGGAGGACGAGCUCUGGGUCCAGGUUUGGAAGAAGUGCCGUAGGUUCGGGAACAUUUAUGAUAGGCAGGGUAAGAAACAUCAAGCGCAUUUCGUCUGGUUUUGCGGGCUCGCGGAGUGGUUUUUGACUAGGAAGGCGGGAGUGACGCCGAGGUGGACGUAUGCGUUUACGAUUGGGUAUUGGAGGAUCGGCGUCUAUGACGUGGAGGAGGACCUGGUCGACUUUUUGAGGGAUGUGUUGAGUUGUUUGAUGUGUAAAUGUGUGAGGGAAGCAAAGUUGAAUAAGAAGGAGUGGGGUUUGGUGAAAAGUGGUGGCUUGGAGAUGCUGAGCGAUUUGGUGGAGGACCAUAAGUUCCUCAACACGGUGUAUAGGCCGUCUCGCCAACAGGAAGAGUUCGAUGGUUUGGUUAGCAGUUUACGCAAGUUUUUGCAGAGCUGAAAAUCCGCUACUCCUGGACGUGUCCUAUAUACGGUUGGACCGAAUUCUGCGCAAAGGGUAUCUCAAUAGUCACCAAAAUCCAACCAUGGGUCAUUAUGCAUCCAGUCCGAACUGCCCCAUAUCCCGCUAAAAUCGAUGACCUGGGUCGCACAAACUAGUGAACGAACGCAAUAUGUACGCUGUCAUGAUAUCUGUAUACGCAAUGGACGUACGCCAAACGCCACGAGAUGAUUACCACUCACACUCGAUGAACACCAAUCGCUGUCGAUAAGCACACUCACUGUUAAUGAGCACCACUCACUAUUGAAGU